UUCUAAAUACGGAGCGCGCGCGGCGGUCCUGCACCCCGGUCAUGGCGGCAAUCGGAGUGACGCCAGUCCUCUACGAACCAGCGGCGGGCGACGCCUCCUGCUUCUUCACCUCCUCCUUGAUGCCAUCGUACUUCUCCCACGGCCACGGGGGAGUCAGCUCCACAACGUCAUCCAGCCCAGCGUCCAGCUACUCCGCCGCGCUCAGCGCCUCCCCGGUGCAGUCGCCGAUGCAGCCAGCGAUCGCCGACUACGCGGGACAGCUCGACAUGCCCGAGUACCUCUUCGACCACGGCUUGUUUGCCGCGCUGCCGCCGAAUGGCCCGCUCGCCCCCAUCCAGCAAGAUGGCAGCCACGGUGUCCCCGGUGCAAGCGCGACGACGCCCACUCACGCUAGGGGCGCUGCCGAGCCGGCGGCGAUGGAGCGCCCGCGGACGGAGCGGAUCGCGUUCCGGAUGAAGUCGGAGAUCGAAAUCCUCGACGACGGGUAUAAGUGGCGGAAGUACGGCAAGAAGUCCGUCAAGAACAGCCCCAACCCAAGGAACUACUACCGGUGCUCGACGGAAGGGUGCGACGUGAAGAAGAGGGUGGAGCGGGACAGGGACGACACAGCCUACGUGGUGACGACAUACGAGGGGACACACACCCACGUCAGCCCCAGCACAGUCUACUACGCCAGCCAGGACGCCGCCUCCGGCCGCUUCUUCGUCGCCGGCACGCACCCACCGCCAGGGUCGCUCGACUAGCCAUCAGCACAAGAGCAGGGCACGCACGUCGAGAUCAGCACGGAGCUCGCUGACCUGCUUCAGGACCCUUCCGUGUUGCCGGCGAGAAUCUGAUCGUCGCCGUAGCUCGAGCCGCUACCUCAUCGGAGUCAGCCAGCCUUCACGCUUUCAAGGAGUGAUCCCCAUAUAUGUACAAGCGACGUCCGGUCCGGUCUGGUUCUCGUGUUCAAUCUGCAACUAUGCUGAGUAAUGUUGCAGAUAUAUAAAAGCUUAGCACGAAGAGUUGAACACUGUGCAUUGUUUGUGAUUUUUAGAAGACUGGACAGAUUCAGUAGGUAUGUAGGACCUGUAAAAGAGCAACAGAUUCUUUCAAGAAACUUGGGGUCGUGUGGGCCGCUUGAUGAAUAUAUGCAGGCAUGAAUAUGUAAGCGAAACA